UUGUGCGAACCAGUUGAUAGAAUUAUUUUACGCAGUACACUCACACUGAACGUAUGCUCAUAAUUUGAUACUGGAUUAAAUGAAACCUCAUUGAAAAUCUGACAGAAUGAGUUCGGGGCAACGUGAAGGCCAAUAUUAUGUUGAAUUAUUAUAACUGAGUAGCUAAGCUGGUUGUGUCUGAUCUGCGAGAAUAUUAAUCCAUGUGCAGGCAUGAGUAUUGCGAAGUAAAAUUUGUGUAUUCACAUUGCAUCGGCGACACAGUUGGCGUUUCUGAAUAGUACGCUAGUAUCAGUAACGUAUGAGGCUGAAGUUUAUCAUCAUGGACAGAGGAAAUGAUUAUUUUGAAUCGUUUCUGCAGUCUACCUGCGUACCUCCCGGGAGAAAUGACGAAUGUGCUCAAGGUGAGGCAUCGUUGCAAGUACCGCUGGGAGCUGGCGGUGAUCCUCUCCCUUCAUUUCAGAUGUCGUUCCCUAGUCAAAACUGUUUCGCCUCUGGCACAGGCAGCAGUGGCAUCGAUAAUGUUCUAUCCACAAUUGGGAUGGAAACCACAAUCCCAAACGCUAUUGAAAUCCGGAACACUCCAAUCCAAAAUUUAUCAAGCCCCUCUCUCACAAGAAGCUCGCAAGCAGCUCAAGGGCUAGAUAUCUGUCUCGAGAUGGCAGUGUUUCAUCGAAGUAUAACUCCGUGGCGGCCAAUUCGUUUAGGUUAUGUCGAUUUACCACCGGAAGCCACACAUUUUUCAAGCAGUGCCGUUACAGUUUCUUCGCUAUUAAUUGAUUCGUUUUACACAUUCUCAAGGCGAGUUCAAUACAUGUCUCCCAUAACGAGCGUUUCACGAGAUGAGGCUGCGAUGAACAUUUUACUUUCGGUCCCGUCCAUUAAAUUGAGCCCUGUCAAUGCCAAUGAGUUUUCGUUCUGCGAUGUGUGUCGUACAGAAAUGACGUCGCAACAAAAUAAGAAGCAUUGUAAGUUGACAAUCGUCGAUCCUAACCCUAACCCAAACUUGAAGAUUUCAUUCCCUUUGCCUGCAUCACAUGAUAACUUCUUGUUAUUUCUAGUGGAAGGGCGGUGUUAUCCAUUUGUUUAUGAAGCCAGUUUGAAAGCAAUUACGGAACUAACCAUUGGUCCUACGACCUACUGUUUUGAACCUGAUAUAAUGAUCCCGUCGGUUGCAAGGUACAAGGCCGCUGGGACGAAUAGGUCACUUACAGUUAUCCGCGUAUCAUGUGGUAGAACGUGCGUAUUUUAUCAUCAUGAUUUUGAAUUGGAUGAGAAACUUACAUUACGUACUAAUGGCAAACGAUAUACUUUAACGCUAACUCAAACUCGACUAAAUUAUGCAGAGGAACAGCAGCUUGGGUGUCAAAUGACCAACUAUUUCGCUGUUGCCUCCAGGUCAGAUUUAUGCAGUUAUCACUUCGUUUUGAAGCGUGAGGAUCCCUACUUCAUGAUUAAAAAUUUUUUAGUCGGUGAACCACGUGUAUUUAAACGAGAUUAUUGGAUUCUUGGAGAUACGGUGGAUGCUAAAAGAAAAAUGCCCUACAGUUCCCAACGUAUGAGCUUGAAGAUUGCUCAAGCGGGUACGUUGACAUCUCUUGUCGGCGAACAUCUUUAUGACUCUAACAUACUCAGCAAACCUUUGAUAACUACAAACAAUAAACUGGUCCUUUUCGAAAAAAGAAUCAAAUUAGCCAUGUCUCUUAGUCUCGGCUGAUUUUUUUACGUUUUCUUUAUUAUAAUAGUA